UUCUUCAUUCCUUCAUCUAUUCUCUUCCAGGCCCCGGUCUCUCCUCAGCACGCCUCAGCAUUACUCCAACUUCCGCCAGAGAUACUCCUCUUGAUUCUAGCACAAGUCAAGAUACCAUACUUUCAAGUCUGCUUCGCACUGACCUGCAAGACCAUGGGCCGCGUCGCAAGCAGGAAGAAUGUCAUGUCGCCAUGGCGUGGGUAUCGAGACAAGGACGGCUUGUUCCGUCUGCUGGAGAGAAAUCAUUACCUUCCGCAAGAAUUGAGGCUCUGCCGUGCCUGUUUCCUUUUCCUUCCCCGCAGCAACCACUACUGGAAUCAGAAGAUGGCGAGCUUAGACUACGACAGCAACUGGGCCACCUGGUGCGAUAUCAUCAAUUGGUUCGACCCCACUUCGUAUUUGCAGCAUAGAUGCCCGCUUUGUUGUCUCCGCGUGUACACGAGCUAUAUGAGUGAGAAGACGUAUCUGGAAGACAACGACACUAAGGCCGUUGCCCAAGGAAGGAAGAUCUGUCCAUGCUUGGCAAGGAGAAUGAAAAAGCCCUGA